AUGACGUCUAUGCAACUCGCCGCCGCUGCCAAGAAGGUUGCUGUGAGCAACCGACCGGCACUCCUCUACAAGAAUAUCAUCAAAGAAGUGCCUCGAGUCAUGAUGAUUUACGAUAUCAUGGACAAGCCAGUUGCAGAUGUCCGAAAGGCGAUUCGCAAUCACUUUUACAAGAAUGCUACCCUCAAGGAUGAACGGGUCAUCAAUAUGCUCUUGGAAACGGGAUAUUACCAUCUCGAGGACACGCUGCUGCAGCACAAACAGAAAAAUCAUCUCUUGAAUUUAUUGGAUGGAUUCGAUGGAAAUGAUAUAGAAGUCAAGAACAUAUCCAGGGAUUCCACGGUCGAUGAAGUCUUUUAUCGGGCAUUCUGA